GGCGAUCGGCUGGCGCAGAUCCCCAGCAAGCAAGCUGUGCAUUCAGCUAACACAUCACAAUAAGCUACAUUCCUGCGGCGAGUUGAGCCAUGGCUGAUGACCGUGGAUCUUACUACCGCUAAGGCAUGCUUUCUUUGUUUUGUCUUGUUCCGUAACAAAACACUGAGGGGCUGAACAGAGACGUGCGAGGGGGCUUGUUACUCAGGACUAACAUAUACUUUACACGUGCGAUGAGCAUUGUUCGUUGGUCUGCUUUGAUGGUCCGUGGGUUGGGAGCAGCACUGACAGCAGAUAAGCCACCGUGUAUUUAUACGGCUUUCAGAUAACCAGAUGUCGCAUUCUUACGGCUUUUCCACUCGGGCUUAAACUUGUCAGCAGUUCGCAGGUGGAACAUAUUAGGUACCUGCGCACAGUUUCCUGCCUCACGAUGACGUCACUAUGCGUGAUGAUUCUUGCUGGCCUCUCUUUGGUCCACAGUUUCCCGUCCGAUUCAGAGAAACCGUACCGUGGCCAUCAGGUUUUUGACAUCACCACUGAACACGAGAAUCACAAAGAUAUCGUAUCACAACUUGUGGAUGAACACGAGCUGGACGUUUGGCGGUACCCCAAGUCUCUUGGAGGCUCGAUGAGCGUCAGAGUGAGGCCGGAAUAUGUCGCUAGGGUGUUGGACUCGCUCAACAAGCAUGGCCUACACUACAGGAUUAAGAUCCGCGACGUUCAAGACUUAGUCGAUGAAGAGUUACAGUCCAUCACAGAACGUCACCGAUCGAAAAGAGCUACCUCCUUCGACCGCUACAAUUACAACAGCCACGCCAAAAUUAAUGAAUUUAUGGCCAGUUUGGCUGCUCAGUGCUCAGCCUGCAGAAUAGAAAAUAUUGGUAAAAGCCUUCACGGUAGAGACAUGGAUGUUUUGGUGAUCAGUAACGGUCCAAACAAGCCGGCUAUCUUCAUUGACGGUGGAAUACACGCCAGGGAAUGGAUAUCUCCAGCCACAGUCAUUAACCUGUUCUACACGAUCGCUACGGACCCGUCUGUCAGCUACAUGAUCGAUUGGUUUGAUUGGUACUUUCUACCUGUGGCUAACCCAGACGGCUACGAACACAGCAGAUUAUCCGGAUCUCGUAUGUGGAGGAAGACCCGAUCGUAUUAUAACGGCUGUUACGGAGCGGACCCUAACCGGAACUUUGACUAUUACUGGGGUCAUACCGGAGCUAGUUCAAAUCCUUGUAGUGACACAUUCCGUGGAGCCUCUGCCUUCUCAGAAGUGGAAACAGCCAAUAUGCGAAACUUUAUCAACCAACACAAGGACACUAUAAAAUCGUACAUCACAUUCCAUUCCUACGGCCAGUACUUCAUUUACCCGUGGGGACACCAGGGUUGUGUGACGGGAAGUCCUACUGAUGACGCUCAACUGCGUGCCCUAGCGAACGCUGCCUCUGACGCUAUUAGGUCUGCUGCUGGCGGUCUUAAGUCACGCUACACCGUGGGGCCCUCCGGAUGUGUUCUUUAUCCAGCGGCAGGUGGAUCAGACGACUGGGCUAAGGGGGUUGCUGGCAUCAAAUGGUCUUACACCGUGGAACUUCCGGAUACUGGGCGAUACGGCUUUAUACUUCCGGCCAGUUGGAUAGAGCCAGUUGCUGUGGAAAUCAUUGCGGGAAUGAAAAAAUUUGCGUCAGAUCUACAUAGUCAGAUAUAGGCUACUGACACUUUUGUGCUGGGAUAAGGGUGGCAAAA